CCCCCCCUUCUCCAACACUCUCUCUCUCUCCGCAUUUUAAUUGGGUUUUUUCUCAGGGCAAAUUCCCAAUCUUUUUUCUGGGUUUUCACUGCAGUUCUCCGCAUUUAAUUGGCUUUCUGUUCGAGGCCUUAAACAAUCACCAGUUGUUUCAGGGGUGUUUUGAUUCGCAUUUGAGGGAUUAAAUUGUUCAAGUAAUGCCAUUGAAUUCUCCAUAAAUAAAUUGAGGUUCAAUUAAAAACGACGGCAUGUGUUAAAGGUAAUAAUGUAUGACGGUAUAAUGCUUUGACGGAGCUUUGUUUGACAUCUUGUGCUAAUGGCGGCUGAUCAGCAGAGAAAGGGUUGCAGUUCUAGGGAGCAACAUAUAGCAAAAAAGAAAAAUAUUGGAUUGCUUCAGGAUGAUUCAGACGUGAACUCUCAUAUUUCGCUUGAGUGGGAUGGGAAUCAGAACAUGGUAGUCGCCAAAAGGGAUCAAAUUGGCAUAAGUAGGAGAAAUUUGAAGCCUUUUUUUGAUUUUGCUUUCAACAGCUUUAAUACAUUGGCAGAUGUUUUUGCUGUUCCUGAGGGAAUCUAUGAUUUGGAAAAUUUGGAAGAUGUGCUUUCAUAUGAGGUUUGGAAUACUCAACUGUCUGAGAAUGAGAAGAAUCAUCUUAUGCAGCUUCUUCCUAGCGGACAAGAGGCAGAGGAAGUUGUGCAAGCAUUGCUUGCUGGGGAUUGCUUUGACUUUGGAAACCCUUUACUUAAAUGGGGUGCUUCACUUUGCUCAGGUGAUUUCCAUCCUGAUGCCAUACUUCGUAGGGAACAAUGUCUAAUAACUGAUAAGAAAACAUUCUACAAUGAGUUGCAGAUGUACCAUAAUGAUAUGAUUGCAUAUUUACAGAAGUUGAAGGAGAGAUGCGCAAGCUGUAAGGAUCCUGAAAAGGAAAUUGUGCAGAAUAUGUGGAGGUUAAGAAUUGAUGUCGAGAAACCAAUUUUUUCACAUGCAAAUGAAUCCAGAUUGCAUGAUCUUGAGGAAAAUGCCAUAGUUACAUCUGAAUCUUGUUCUUGGGAGAAAGCAUGCAGUAGUGAUAACCAGAUUUCCUCAGUGAACAAGGGAGGAGAAUUUCAGAACAGGAUCUGUGAGAAAGGCUUCCUAAAGGACAGAGGUAGAAAUUUGUGGGUUACACCAGAUGGAGCACUUAAUGCAGGAGCAAGAUCCAAAAAAGGAGACAAUCUACACAGGCACAAUAUCUACAGUAGCGAUGGUGCUAAAUACAUGUCGUAUGUUAAGAUUAGCAAGAAGCAGUAUGAAAUUGUUAAGAGCCUGAAGCAGUCUGGCAAAAGCAUUCAGUCCAGGUCUCUCGAGCGGGUUUUAGGUAACCUUGAUAACUUUGUUGUACAACCAUAUGAAGUCUUUGUGGAAGAAGAACAGAAGAAGUUACAUCAGCACUGGUUGCAAUUGGCAGUUAAAGAUAUCCCGGCAGCUUAUGCAAACUGGAUAGAAAUGCAUUUACAAAGAUGGCAAAUGACAAAGUCUUUGGAGAAGGACAUGAAAAGGAGGCUAAGGUCUCUGAGAGAGGAUGACGAAGGUGGUCACAACCUUGAACAUGUGCUUCAGGAUGAGAUAGAUAUUGGAGCAACAAACUGUCAAUCUCCCAUGGAAGAUGAUGAAAAGUCCUUACCCAGCUUCCUACAUGGUGAUGAGUGCAACCCCACAGACAUGGAAGAUGAUGAAAAGUCUGUACCCGGCAUCCUACAGGGUGACGAGUGCAACCCCACGGACAUGGAAGAAGAUGACAACUCUCCACAGAAGCUUAGUGGAGGUCAUGAGUGCAACCCCACAGAUACAGAUUCAGAUGAACAUUUCAGUGCAGAGUCGGAUAAUGAUUCAGAAAAGCAUAUCAUUAUAGAAUCAGAUCAUUUUCCUCCAAAUGUACCUGAUUACACGGAGAAUCUGAGUACUGCAGAUACUCCAGUAAACGAGGGAGCACAAUUAUGUGCUAGUGGAGAUGUCUGGAAGGCAGUUAAUGUGCCACAUUCUUACUAUGAUUCUACCACAUGUCACGCAUAUUCAUCUGCCAGUGAGUUAUCGCUUGCACAUCUACAAGUUAAUCAAGUUCAGCAGACACACUUAGGUGCUAUAGAGUCCGACUUGCCUGUGAGAGACAGUGGGAAAGAUUUAAUGCACAUACAAUCAGAGAAUGGUUCCUUCAGUUCUUACCGAAACCAAGAUCAAAAUGAAAUGCUUCAAUCUCUCUUUAAGGGUCAGAGCAUGCUAUCUUACAAUCCUGAGAAGAAACAGACAGGGUUGGAAUUCCAGCCACCAGCCAAUGUGUUUAUAGGUGAUGGUCAGUUUUCAGCGCAUUUUGAAGAGCAGCAACACCAGUCACUGCCUCUGGAGCAAGGGCAGAAGAGAGAGAGCGAGGUAUACAUGCAACCAAGAUUACCUGAGAACAUUUACUCUGAUGGAGGUAGUUACUUAAUUUCAAGGCCGGAACAUUCGGCUCCAGUUGAAGUGCAGGAUUGGGCUGUCAAUAGUGUUCGUAUGCCAGGACCUCAGCAAUCUCACUUACAUGGUGGAGAAGUGUUGAGUCAUAAUUGGUUUUCUGGUGGUACUAGUGCCACAAGUCAGACCAUUGGGAAUGGUACGAACGCAGAUCAAAGCUUAUUCGGUGUUCUACCUCAUUGUAACCAAUUGCGAGCAAGUAGCCCUUACCAUCCCGUAGCCUCCGCUGAGCAGUUCAUUUCCUCUAGGAGCUAUGGAACGGUGGGUGGGGUUACUCCGAGGUUCGGAAAUGUUGUACCACAAGCAGGAGCUGAACUUGAUUACUUGGGUGGGCAUGAAGCAGCCACUCCCAUGAUGCAUGAUGAUAUGCAAUGGAUGAAUUUACCGCAUCAGAACUCUGGUUUACGUGAUCCAAUGGGUAAACCAUUCUUGAGGUCGUGGAACCCGUAAGACAAUUUUCUUGCCUGGUAACGUAAACAGGAAAUGGUGACAAGUGAGGGUUACAGUAGAUGAAAGUGCAGAGUUGGAGAUAGGUUUUUGACUUUGUACAUACCUAUACAAGGGCCAACUCAGCAGCGUGUACAUAUAUGUUAGAUGGGGGCAGAGACAGAGAGCAGCAGGCAGGGGUUGGGGGGGAGACCGUGGGAUUAUUGGACAAUUCCUGGCAUCUCAAAUUUGUUAGUUGGUAGUUUAGAAUUUUAUUUUUCAUUGGGAAUCCUUUUUUCUUCUUAUUCUCUGUUUAUGGAGAACUAUCUUGGAAUAAUUUUUUGGAGGCUUUUAAAGUUUUCUGUAGAGGCAAAUGCUUGAAUAUUAGCAUAUCAUGGCUUUGGUUGUUGGCUGGCA